ACUGAGCCCAAUCUACACGUGCGGGUCCCUGUGGAAGUCUGUUACCAGCAAUCCUAGAUCGCUCGGGGUAGCCCAGCUUUUCCAAGAUGAAAGCCGAUAAAAUUGUCAUCAGCGAGGGAAGGAUCCCGCUCAGUGUUCUAAUCACGUUGGAGGCCGUCGCCGCUGACGUCCAGCUGGAAACGGAGUGGAUCAAAAAUGACGAUGACGUCACGUUCCGCGAGAGUUCAGGAGGGAAGCGAGUUCUCAAGGGGGAAUUCGCCUUGUGCCGCUAUCUAGCCAGAAAAGCCCCGAAACGGCAACUGUACGGCAGGGAUGCACUCGAAGAGACGCGCGUCGACUACUGGCUCGACUUCAGCUCCAUGCCUGGGCACGGCUUGGAGGAAGUUGACAGGAGCUUGGAACGGUCCAAUUUCUUGGCGUCCCAUUCGCACGCUACUAUAGCUGACUUCGUUAUGUACGGAUAUGUGAAGUCCAGAAACGCGAGAGGGAUUUCUAUCGGCGUCAACACGAAGAGAUGGCUGCAACAGCUGGAGGCAGAUGCGUCUCUCCUAAGCGCUGUGCGGAAAGUACAGAAGAUCAAAGCGGAUUUCACUUUUGGAGAUAUUGGCGAAUCGAACGGGACACCCCCGAGCGCUAACCAGGAUCAAGGGAAAUUCGUCGAUCUGCCCGGUGCCAAAAUGGGUGAGGUUGUCGUGAGGUUCCCGCCUGAAGCUUCCGGAUACCUCCACAUAGGUCAUGCGAAAGCCGCUCUGCUGAAUCAGUACUACCAGCUUGCCUUCAAAGGUAAACUCAUUUUGCGAUUUGACGACACCAAUCCCGACAAGGAGAAAGAAGACUUCGAGCAUGUCAUUCUGGAGGACGUCGCCCUACUCGGUCUGAAACCCGACCUUUUCACAUUCACAUCGGAUCAUUUCCCGGCGAUCCAGAAGUACUGCGUCCAGUUGCUGAAACAGGGCGACGCGUACGUCGAUGACACAGAUCCCGAAACGAUGAAAAAAGAACGAGAAAUUCGUCAGAACUCCAAGAACAGAGAUAACUCUAUCGAGCAGAACUUGAAAUUGUGGGAGGAAAUGCUCAAGGGCACAAGCCAUGGCCUCAUCUGCUGCGUCAGGGCCAAGAUCGACAUGAAUUCAAACAAUGGCUGCAUGCGAGACCCUACCAUCUACAGAUGUAAGGCGGCCGUCCAUCCUCGUCAGGGUGACAAAUAUAAGGCCUAUCCAACCUACGACUUCGCGUGCCCCAUCGUGGAUUCCCUGGAAAAUGUCACCCACGCGCUGAGGACGACCGAGUACCACGACCGCGACGAGCAAUAUUUCUGGGUUCUCGAGAAGCUCGGAAUGAGGAAACCGCAUAUCUACGAGUACUCCCGACUGAACUUGACAAACACGGUGCUGUCGAAAAGGAAACUCACUUAUCUGGUCAAUGAGGGCUACGUCAAUGGCUGGGACGAUGCCAGAAUGCCCACAGUACGGGGAAUCCUGCGUCGCGGUUUGACGGUCGAAGGCCUCAAGGAAUUCAUCAUCGCACAGGGCUCAUCGAAAUCGGUUGUCACGAUGGAAUGGGAUAAAUUAUGGGCUUUCAACAAGAAACGGAUCGAAACCAGUGCGAAACGCUUCUUCGCCGUCAACGCGAACAACGCGUUCGAAGUUGAGGUGCGCGGUCUCAAGAGAUCGACAACCAACGCUCCAUGGCAUCCCAAAGAUUCUUUCAUGGGAUCCCGCAAGGUCGCUGUGGAUUCCUUGCUGAUCAUAGACCACGCGGACGGACUGCGAAUGAAACCCGGAGAUACUGUCACUUUCAUGAACAUUGGAAACGUAAAAAUAGACUUUCGUGAGGAUUUUCGUCUUGAGAAAUCGAUUCUGCCUCGCCAGAUCGCAGCGACGGCCGACUUGGAGAAUAGAGACUACAAAAAGACGUUGAAAGUCAGUUGGAUUGCUAAGAACGCUCCGCAAGUCCCGUUCACCGCGAAUUUCGUCGACAAUGUCAUCUCAAAAAAAGUCUUGGCACCCGACGACGACUUCAAGAAUUUCAUACGCAAGGUUUCGUUCGUGGACGUUCAAAUGAUAGGGGAAUCGAGUUUGGCUGGCGUGAAGAAAGGGGAUAUCAUUCAAAUCCAACGCAAAGGUUUCUUCAUCUGCGAAUCGGAGCCAGACACCCGGCUCUCGGGCAAUACAGCGACUCCACCGACGAUGAGCUUCAAUUACAUACCCGACGGGAGUACCAAUCUCACUUCGCUCCCGUUCGCUGCGCGAGAGCUCUUCGAGGGUAAGCUCGAAACGCUCACGGAUUCGAAGUCUGUUCUCGAAAGUCUAUCGAACAACGAGGGACUCAUCAAUCAUUGGGAAGUCAUCAAGGAGGAGGCAGAUCGGAUUGCCAAACUACGCACUCAGAAAUGUGCCUCCAGCGAUCUCAAGGCUCUAGAGGACAAUCUCGAGCAAUUGAAGACCGAGUACAGCACCUGCUACGAAAAGGAUUGGUCUCCGAUCAAUCCCAUACACGAUAGUGGGAAGAGCGCCCCGACAGGGGGACCGGCAAAAGUGGAUGCGAAUCUUCUGUGGGGGAAAAUCCAGUCCCAGGGGGACAAGAUCCGGAAAUUGAAGGCUGCGAAGACCCCAAAAGAAGACAUCGAUGCAGAAGUUCAAGUCCUACUGCGUUUGAAGGAGGCUUACAAGAAGCACGCAGGAGCCGAUUGGGAUCCCAAGAAAGCUCCAGAAUCGGUAACUGCAGCAACCGCUUCGGAGAGCAACGCGCCGGACGGUCUGUGGGAGAAGGUUCAAAUCCAGGGCGACACGGUCAGGAAACUGAAAGCCGGUAAGGCUCCGAAAGAUGAAGUGACCGCGGCCGUCCAAGUCCUGCUGUCGUUGAAAAACGAGUACAAGAAAGUCACGGGACAGGAUUGGGAUCCCAAUUCCAGACCGGCAUCGAAAGCGGGUCCUCCAUCGGCUGUCGUUGGGACAACGGAUCCGGUAGCUGCCUGGGAGAGAGUUCAGGCUCAGGGGGACAAGGUCAGGAAAUUGAAAUCUGAUAAAGCACCCAAGGACGAAGUCGCCGCUGCAGUUCAAGUCCUUUUGUCGCUGAAGAAUGAUUACAAGCAAACUACGGGGCGAGACUGGGAGGCCCAAUCGAAACCUUCAGCGGAUCUAUCCGCUCCCGCUCCCAAGGCUGCCGCAGGGAAAACCGAUCCGAUAGCUACAUGGGAGAAGGUUCAGGCGCAGGGAGACAAGGUCAGGAAGUUGAAGGCUGACAAAGCUCCAAAGGAGGAAGUCAUGGCGGCCGUUCAGGUUCUGCAGUCGCUAAAGAGCGAGUACAAGCAGGUUGCGGGUCACGAUUACGACCCGAAUGCGAAACCCUCACCGAGCGCCGCGAACCCCGCCGCCGCAUCUCUCGCCGUCGCAUCCUUGGAGCAGUCCGGCCACGCCGCAUUAUGGGAGGAGGUUCAGACGCAAGGCGAUAAGGUGAGGAAGCUGAAAGCCGAAAAAGCGCCGAAGGAUCAUGUAACCUCAGCCGUCCAAGUUCUCCUGUCCCUGAAAGCGAAGUACAAAGAAGCCAGCGGUCAGGAUUGGGACCCCAAGGCUAAGCCGACGCAGGGAAGUCAUCCAAAACAGACGAAAACUUCUGACAGUGCUGCAACUUCGGCGCCCGUACCUCCACAGUCGCUACAGGGUCGGCAAUCACUCGCAAUGGACGGAGACAGCAUCGAUGCUCAAAUCAGGAGUGUCGGAGACAAGAUCCGUGCCAUGAAACUCAACAAGGCUCCGAAGGCCGAUGUGGAGAGUGAAGUUCAUACUCUGAAGGAACUGAAAACGAAGUACAAAGAGACCACUGGCACGGAUUGGGUUCCCGCAGGCGGCGCCGCCCCCAGAUCUCAAACCAAGUCGGCGCCGAAGGCGAAGAAAGCCCCAGCUCCCGCGCCGACUGAAGAUGGCAAGAAGCAAACCAGACUGUGUUUGGAAGCAAAAAAAGAAGAGAACCUGCCUGAUUGGUAUUCACAGGUGAUCACCAAAUCCGAGAUGAUAGAGUAUUACGACGUGUCUGGAUGUUACAUAUUGAGACCGUGGGCCUUCGGAAUCUGGGAUAGAAUCCACGCAUUCUUCGACGAGAAAAUCAAGAGUCUGGGUGUCGAAAACUGCUAUUUCCCCAUGUUCGUCUCGAACCAGGCCCUUGAACGAGAAAAAGCGCACAUCGCUGACUUCGCCCCGGAGGUUGCCUGGGUCACGAAGUCCGGCUCGACAGAUCUCGCCGAACCCAUCGCUAUCAGACCUACUUCGGAAACCGUCAUGUAUCCUGCGUAUGCGAAGUGGAUCAAAUCCCACCGAGAUCUUCCUCUGAAAUUGAAUCAGUGGUGCAAUGUCGUCCGCUGGGAGUUCAAGCAUCCGCAACCGUUUUUGCGAACUCGUGAGUUCUUGUGGCAGGAAGGCCAUUCGGCGUUCGAUAACCCCGAAGACGCCAUCGAAGAAGUUCACCAGAUUCUAGAGUUCUACGCUGAUGUAUACGAGAAACUAUUGGCGGUUCCCGUGAUCCGCGGCAAGAAAACCGAGAAAGAGAAGUUUGCUGGAGGACAUUUCACGACGACUAUCGAAGCCUACAUUCCGGCUAGCGGUCGCGGGAUCCAAGCCGCGACUUCUCAUCACCUCGGUCAGAAUUUUUCCAAGAUGUUCGAAAUCGUAUACGAAGAUCCCAAAACAAACAAGAAGGAGUACGCCUAUCAGAAUUCGUGGGGACUCACAACCCGCUCGAUUGGUGUGAUGGUCAUGGUUCACGGGGACAACCAGGGUCUCGUAGUGCCUCCUCAGGUCGCUCACUAUCAAGUAGUAAUAAUACCGUGCGGACUCACCGUCAAUCUCAAAGAGGAAGACAAACAGGCCGUUCUUGACAGAUGUAAGGAGCUAUGUAAGACGUUCAGAGAGCUCAAACUGCGGGUCCACAUCGACAGCCGGGACAAUUAUUCUCCCGGAUGGAAGUUCAAUCAUUGGGAACUGAAAGGAGUACCGGUGAGGGUUGAAGUCGGUCCAAAGGACGUGACCAGCAAUCAAUUCGUCGCUGUCCGCCGGGACCUGAUGAGCAAGGCAACCUUCAAUUCCGCUGAUCAGGUCGUUGCGCUUCUGGACACCAUUCAGAACGAUAUGUUCGAGAGGGCGAGCAAGCAAAUGAGCGAAAAUGUGAAAAUUGUCGAGAAUUUCGCGGAUUUCCUUAAAUUCCUAGAAGCUAAGUGUAUGUUGAUGGCGCCAUUCUGUGGCGAUACCGAAUGCGAAGACGAGAUAAAGAAGAACUCCACGAGGGAAGAAGCCGAACCUGGUUCGCCGGCCAUGGGAGCGAAAAGCCUGUGCAUUCCCUUCAAGCAGCCCAAGACCAUAAGCGACACGUCGAGGUGCAUCAAUACCGCCUGCAGUCGGAAACCGCAGUUCUAUACUCUGUUUGGCAGAAGUUAUUGAUGGCUUAUCAUCACU